AUGGAGAAUAGUCUUGGAUGUGUUUGGGUACCCAAGCUGGCUUUUGUACUCUUCGGAGCUUCCCUGCUCAGCGCGCAUCUUCAAGUCGCCGGUUUCCAAAUUAAAGCUUUCACAGCACUGCGCUUCCUCUCAGAACCUUCUGAUGCCGUCACGAUGCGAGGAGGAAACGUCCUCCUCGACUGCUCUGCAGAGUCCGACCGGGGAGUCCCAGUCAUCAAGUGGAAGAAAGAUGGCAUCCAUCUAGCCUUGGGAAUGGAUGAAAGGAAGCAGCAACUGUCAAACGGGUCUCUGUUGAUACAAAACAUAUUUCAUUCCAGACACCAUAAGCCAGAUGAAGGACUUUACCAAUGUGAGGCAUCUUUAGGAGACUCUGGAUCCAUUAUUAGUCGGACAGCAAAAGUCGCAGUAGCAGGACCACUGAGGUUCCUUUCCCAGACAGACUCUGUCACAGCCUUCAUGGGAGACACAGUGCUACUCAAGUGCGAAGUCAUUGGGGAGCCCAUGCCAACAAUACACUGGCAGAAGAACCAGCAAGACCUGACUCCCACCCCUGGCGACUCCCGAGUGGUGAUCUUGCCCUCCGGAGCAUUGCAGAUCAGCCGACUUCAACCAGGGGACAUGGGAAUUUAUCGCUGCUCGGCUAGGAAUCCCGCCAGCUCAAGAAUAGGAAAUGAAGCAGAAGUCAGGAUAUUAUCAGAUCCAGGGCUACAGAGGCAGCUGUAUUUUCUGCAAAGACCAUCCAAUGUAGUAGCCAUUGAAGGGAAAGAUGCAGUCCUUGAGUGUUGUGUUUCUGGUUAUCCUCCGCCGAGCUUUACCUGGUUACGGGGAGAGGAAGUCAUCCAACUCAGGUCUAAAAAGUAUUCUUUGUUGGGUGGAAGCAACUUGCUUAUCUCCAAUGUGACAGAUGAUGACAGUGGAACUUACACCUGUGUUGUCACGUACAAAAACGAGAAUAUUAGUGCCUCUGCAGAGCUCACAGUCUUGGUUCCGCCAUGGUUUUUAAAUCACCCCUCCAAUCUCUAUGCCUAUGAAAGCAUGGAUAUUGAGUUUGAAUGUGCAGUCUCGGGAAAGCCUGUGCCCACUGUGAAUUGGAUGAAGAAUGGAGAUGUGGUCAUUCCUAGUGAUUAUUUUCAGAUAGUGGGAGGAAGCAACUUACGGAUCCUUGGGGUAGUGAAGUCGGACGAAGGCUUUUAUCAGUGUGUGGCUGAAAAUGAGGCUGGAAAUGCCCAGACUAGUGCACAGCUCAUUGUCCCUAAACCUGCUGUCCCAAGCUCCAGUGUCCUCCCUUCAGCUCCCAGAGAUGUGGUCCCCGUCUUGGUUUCCAGUCGAUUUGUCCGUCUCAGCUGGCGCCCACCUGCAGAAGCAAAAGGGAACAUCCAAACUUUCACGGUCUUUUUCUCCAGAGAAGGUGACAACAGGGAACGAGCACUGAAUACAACCCAGCCUGGGUCUCUUCAGCUUACGGUGGGAAACCUGAAGCCAGAAGCCAUGUAUACGUUCCGUGUCGUGGCGUACAAUGAGUGGGGACCAGGAGAGAGUUCUCAGCCCAUCAAGGUGGCUACUCAGCCUGAAUUGCAAGUUCCAGGGCCAGUGGAAAACCUGCAAGCUGUAUCUACCUCACCUACCUCAAUUCUCAUUACCUGGGAACCGCCUGCCUAUGCAAAUGGUCCAGUCCAAGGUUACAGAUUGUUCUGCACUGAGGUGUCCACGGGAAAAGAACAGAAUAUAGAGGUUGAUGGACUAUCUUAUAAACUGGAAGGCCUGAAAAAAUUCACAGAAUAUAGUCUUCGAUUCUUAGCUUACAAUCGCUAUGGUCCAGGAGUAUCUACUGAUGAUAUAACAGUGGUUACACUUUCUGAUGUGCCAAGUUCCCCACCUCAGAACGUCUCCCUGGAAGUGGUCAACUCAAGGAGUAUCAAAGUAAGCUGGCUGCCUCCUCCAUCAGGAACACAAAAUGGAUUUAUUACUGGCUAUAAAAUUCGACACAGAAAGACGACCCGCAGGGGUGAGAUGGAAACACUGGAGCCAAACAACCUCUGGUACCUGUUCACAGGACUGGAGAAAGGAAGUCAGUACAGUUUCCAGGUGUCAGCCAUGACCGUCAACGGCACUGGACCCCCUUCCAACUGGUACACAGCAGAGACCCCAGAGAAUGACCUGGAUGAGUCUCAAGUUCCUGAUCAGCCAAGCUCUCUUCACGUGAGGCCCCAGACCAACUGCAUCAUCAUGAGUUGGACUCCUCCCUUGAACCCAAACAUCGUGGUACGAGGUUACAUUAUUGGUUAUGGUGUUGGGAGCCCUUAUGCUGAGACAGUGCGUGUGGACAGUAAGCAGCGAUAUUAUUCCAUCGAGAGGUUAGAGUCAAGUUCCCAUUAUGUAAUCUCCCUAAAAGCUUUUAACAACGCAGGAGAAGGAGUUCCUCUUUAUGAAAGUGCCACCACCAGAUCUAUAACAGAUCCCACUGACCCAGUUGAUUAUUAUCCUUUGAUUGAUGAUUUCCCCACCUCGGUCCCAGAUGUCUCCACCCCCAUGCUCCCACCAGUAGGUGUCCAGGCUGUGGCUCUUACCCACGACGCCGUGAGGGUCAGCUGGGCAGACAACUCUGUCCCGAAGAACCAAAAAACGUCUGAGGUGCGACUUUACACUGUCCGGUGGAGGACUAGUUUUUCUGCGAGUGCAAAAUAUAAGUCAGAAGACACAACAUCUCUAAGUUACACAGCAACAGGCCUCAAACCAAACACAAUGUAUGAGUUCUCGGUCAUGGUAACAAAAAACAGAAGGUCCAGCACGUGGAGCAUGACUGCACACGCCACCACGUAUGAAGCAGCCCCGACCUCUGCUCCCAAAGAUCUGACAGUCAUUACCCGGGAAGGGAAGCCUCGCGCUGUCAUUGUGAGCUGGCAGCCUCCCUUGGAAGCCAAUGGGAAAAUUACUGCUUACAUCUUGUUUUAUACUUUGGACAAGAACAUCCCAAUCGAUGACUGGAUUAUGGAAACCAUCAGUGGUGAUCGGCUUACUCAUCAAAUCAUGGAUCUCAACCUUGACACUAUGUAUUACUUUCGAAUUCAAGCACGAAAUGCAAAAGGAGUGGGGCCCCUCUCUGAUCCCAUCCUCUUCAGGACUCUGAAAGUGGAACACCCGGACAAAAUGGCUAAUGACCAAGGUCGUCAUGGAGAUGGAGGUUAUUGGCCCGUUGAUACUAAUUUGAUUGAUAGAAGCACCCUAAAUGAGCCCCCCAUUGGACAGAUGCAUCCCCCACAUGGCAGUGUCACCCCUCAGAAGAACAGCAACCUGCUUGUGAUCAUUGUAGUCACCGUUGGUGUCAUCACAGUGCUGGUGGUGGUGAUCGUGGCUGUGAUUUGCACCCGACGCUCUUCAGCCCAGCAGAGAAAGAAACGGGCCACCCACAGCAUUGGCAAAAGGAAAGGCAGCCAGAAGGACCUCCGACCCCCUGAUCUUUGGAUCCAUCAUGAAGAAAUGGAGAUGAAAAAUAUUGAGAAGCCAUCAGGCACUGACCCCACAGGAAGGGACUCUCCCAUUCAAAGUUGCCAAGAUCUCACACCCGUCAGCCACAGCCAGUCAGAAACCCAACUGGGGAGCAAAAGCACCUCCCAUUCAGGUCAGGACACUGAGGAAGCAGGGAGCUCCAUGUCUACCCUGGAGAGGUCGCUGGCUGCCCGCCGAGCCACCCGGGCCAAGCUCAUGAUCCCCAUGGACACGCAGUCCAACAACCCUGCUGUCGUGAGCGCCAUCCCUGUGCCAACCCUAGAAAGUGCCCAGUACCCAGGGAUCCUCCCAUCUCCCACGUGUGGAUACCCCCACCCGCAGUUCACUCUCCGGCCGGUGCCAUUCCCAACACUGUCCGUGGACCGAGGGUUUGGAGCAGGAAGAAGUCAGUCGGUGAGUGAAGGACCAACCACCCAACAACCACCCAUGUUGCCCCCGUCUCAAGCAGAGCAUCCCAGCAGUGAGGAGGCACCAAGCAGAACCAUCCCCACGGCCUGCGUUCGACCAACUCAUCCACUCCGCAGCUUUGCUAACCCUUUGCUACCUCCACCAAUGAGUGCAAUAGAACCGAAAGUCCCUUACACACCACUUUUGUCUCAGCCAGGGCCCACUCUUCCUAAGACUCAUGUUAAAACAGCCUCUCUCGGGUUGGCUGGAAAAGCAAGAUCCCCUUUGCUUCCCGUGUCGGUGCCGACAGCCCCUGAAGUGUCUGAGGACAGCCACAAACCAACGGAGGAUUCGGCCAACGUGUAUGAACAGGAUGAUCUGAGUGAACAAAUGGCGAGUUUGGAAGGGCUCAUGAAGCAACUGAAUGCCAUCACAGGCUCGGCUUUUUAACAUACGUUGCCAAAUUGAUGAGGUGAAUUUUCCAGGAACUUUGCAGCGUACCAAUUACAUAUAAACAGCACACCUGUGUCCAAGAACUCUAACCAGUGUACAGGUCAAUCAUCAGAAUCACUCAAUUAAGGAAGAUCCUGAAGCAGUUCAGAAGGAAUAAGCAUCCCUUCUUUCAUAGGCAUCAGAAAUUGUAAAAUGAUGGCUAUGAGGUCCCUAGACAAAAGCAAAGAUGCAUCUUCACUGCAUUGUCAAAGCUGAAGCUGCU